UCUGAGCUGGGAGCGGCCUCUGCGCAGCCUGGGCGGCUUCGUCUGCGCCAAUCUGCUCUUCUGGUUCCUUGCACUGACCCCUUGGAGAGUGUAUCACCUGACUUCUCUCAUAAUACUCGGUGUUGUAAUAAUGCAGAUCGUAAAGGAUAUGGUAUUGUCUAGAAUAAAAGGUGCACAGCUCUGGAGGAGCCUCACUGACAGUUGGGAAGUUGUCAGUUCCAAAUCGGACUACAGACCCCGAAUAAAUCAAUGUAUUGCUGAAGCACUGAUGAAUUUGUUUAUAUUUCUUGAAGAGAUGUCACACUUCAAAGAGCAGAAUCCUGGCAAGUUUUGCCUUCUAGUCUGCAGUGUAUGUACAUUUUUCACCGUCUUGGGAAGUUAUGUUCCUGGAGUUGUACUGUCCUACUUUCUGUUACUCUGUGCCUUUUUAUGUCCUUUCUUCAAGUGCAAUGAAUUUGGGCAGAAAGUGUGCAGCAAAAUUAAGUCAGUUCUGCUGAAACUGGAUUUUGGAAUUGGGGAUUAUAUCAACCAAAAGAAAAGAGAACGAUCUGAAGCAGCAAAAACAAAAUCCACAGAAGAUGAGAGUGAAUUAGACAUAUCAGCUUUGUGUCCUAAGGUUAGUCCUGCAGUUGUUGCCAAAGAGCUAUCAGUGUCUGACACAGAUGUAUCAGAGGUAUCUUGGACUGAUAAUGGGACCUUUAAUUUAUCUGAAGGAUACACUCCCCAGACAGACACAUCUGAUGAUUUUGACCGGCCAAGUGAUCAUGAAGAAGCUUUUGCCAGAGAUCUUGCAGAAUUUCCCUCCUUAGAAAAUGGUGCAGGAACGAAUGAUGAUGAUGACUCAAGCAUUGGCCUGCCUACUCAGCAAAAGAGAAAAAAGGAACAAAUGCCUUUCAAGGCAGAUCAUUCUCCCAAACAGAGUAGAGAGAGACCAUCUGCUGCAGGCUUCUCCUUGCCUUUGACCAGUGGCCAAACCUUUAACUUAGUGAGUGGUAUUGCUGGCGAUGUCAUUGCAGCUGCAGUAUCUGCUGCCAUCAAAGACCAGUUGCAAUCUGCACAGAAAGCCCCUUUACAGGCAUUCCCCAGUCUGAGCGAGGAGACAGAUACAGAAGAAGCUGAUGAUUUUGAACUGCUCGACCAGUCAGAGCUUGAGCAAAUUGAGAGCGAACUGGGUCUUACACAAGGCCAGGAAGGGCAACCACAGGGAAAAAAGAAAUCUAAAGGCUUCCUUUCAAAUCUA